AAUAUGUUUCAGGAAAAGUUUUUUUCACCACCUGUUCUGACUUGAAUAUGCUGAAAACAUUAAAAUCUGCAGAAAGAUUAUUUUUGCUGAUUAAAAAGCAGUUUCCAUUUAAUGUUUCUUCUGUAAGUAAAGGAAAAAUAUUUUAUGAAAUGCAAAGAUUUAUAAGUGAUGAUCCUGAAAGUUGGUUGAAUGCCAUUUCGAUUUGGAAAAAUCUUCUUGAACUUGAUGCAAAAAAGAAAAAACUGUCUCAAGGAGAUGCUAACCCACUAAAAAGAAAAAUGGGAGAAAAUGACAGCAUUAUUGCUAAGAAAUUAAAAGCAGAACAAAUGCAAGAGAAUAGGGAAUGCCAGCUGGAAAAGCAAAUAGAAGAGGAAACACUGGAGCGAGGAGAUUUUCUCACUGAAAGAGAGAAAUGUCAAGAAGAACUUCAGAAUGAUGUAGCAAAAGCAGGAGAUACUCAUGACCAGAAUGACUUGACCUUCAGAGUUUCUUGUCGCUGCGGUGGAGCCAUUGCAAAGACCCUUUCUGCACAGGAAGCAGGAAGAAUAAUUGGAAUUGCUCUUAUGAAACAGUUUGGAUGGAAAGCAGAUUUGAGAAAUCCAAACUUAGAGAUAUUUAUACAUCUAAAUGACAUUUACUCUGUCAUGGGAAUUCCUGUGUUCAGGGUUCCUUUAGCCAGCAGAGCUUACAUCAGGACAGCAGGACUGAGGUCUACCAUAGCAUGGGCAAUGGCCUCUGUCGCUGAAAUUAAGGCUGGUGCAUUUGUUUUAGAUCCAAUGUGUGGACUCGGAACAAUACUUUUGGAAGCAGCUAAAGAAUGGCCGGAUGUGUACUAUGUGGGUGCUGAUGUCAGCGACUCACAGUUACUAGGUGCGUGUGACAACCUGAAAGCUGCAGGCCUCACGGGUAAAAUUGAGUUACUUAAAGUCUCUGUUAUAGAAUUGCCAUUGCCUUCAGAAAGUGUCGAUAUUAUUAUUUCUGACAUUCCAUUCGGGAAAAAGUUUAAGUUAGGGAAAGACAUCAAAAGCAUUCUACAAGAAAUGGAAAGAGUGCUUCAUGUUGGGGGGACCAUUGUAUUGUUGCUUAGUGAAGAUCACCGUAGGCGCCUCAAAGACUGUGAAGGGAGCAGCUUCCCUUUGAAUUCCAAAGGCAGCCACUCUGAUGAACCUGGAGCGGAAAAGUGCUUGAUUCUCGAAGGAAAAACUGGCAUAUCAGAGACCGUGUCAUCGUCAUUUGAAGCCAAUCACCAGGAAUGCUUACAUAAGAUGCCACCAUUUGGCUCCUUGGUGCCAGUGGAAUGCUACAAAGUUAGCCUUGGGAAAACAGAUGCAUUUAUACACAAAUAUAAGAAGUCAUCUUCUUCUGGACUGUAGCAGGCUAGAUACUGUGAGCCAAGUUCAAGGCCUUACAUGUCAGCCCUACAGAGAGGGGUUGCCUCUAGGGUCUGAUAGUGCCACAGAGUAACAAGUAGACAGGUCCAGGGGGCAUGGCUGUGGAACACAGGAUUUUAAUAAGAGUUUCUGCUUUAGGCUCUAUCCGCAAACUCAUUAGUCAACAGAGCCAAAUAUCAACAGUACAACGAUUGAAAUUUCUUUUGAGAGC